UAGUAGCAUGAGUUCGUCUAAGAUGACAACUAUCAAUGGUACCGAUAAUCUUGCGUGGAAUGAUGAGCAAACUCGUUUCUACCUUGAACUAAGAAUUGAGGAGAAGCUUAAAGGAAAUAUUAGGAAUCAGAAUGUCAAUGAUGCUGGGAGACAGACUAUUAUAGAUAGAUUUUAUGAGGUUUAUGGGGAAAGACAUACAUGGAGAAAAUUUGGGAUCAAGUUUACUACUUGUAAGAAGCAGUAUGAAGGUUUAGUAAUCUGA